CCACCCACCCAACGCGCGCGGCGCGCCACGCCACGCCACGCCGCGGCCUGUGUCGCCUGGUGGUAGCCUCCGCCCGGAACGAGCACCUGCCCCCGCCCCCGCAUCGAGACAAGCUUCAACUCGGGGGCAUUUGUUUACUGCCCGCACGGGCACGGCCAGCCACCGCGCGCGGCCGGCCGAAGAAGCUGCGCAGCACCCGCGCGCGCUUCCUGGCACUCCGGCCGGCUGGCUCUUAAAACCACACGCGCCGAACGGUUGACACGGGCACGCGUGGCGGGGCGCGCGCUGGCUAGGCUAGCUACUUCCUCUGAUCGUACACUUGGGAGUGCUUGCAGUGAGCCAGAGCGAGUGUGUGGCCGCGGCGAUGGCGGGCCGGAUCACGGCGCCGCUGAGGCUCAAGGACCUCCUGGAGCUAGACUGCGACUCGUGCAGCGCCGCGGGCUUCCGGUGCUACCCGCGCCGCCUGCUGGGCGAGCCGCCCGCGCCGGCGGCGCGGCACCUCCUCGAGCCGCCGCCGUCCUUGUCCCUACGGCAGCGGCGCCCCAGCAAGCUGUCCAGCCUCUCGAGGAGCCUCUCGCGCCGGCUCGGCAGCAGGGGCGGCUUAUUCUGGCAGCGUCGCGGCGAGGACGGCGACGACGACGAGGAUGCCGCCGCCGCCGCCGCCACGCCGAGCGGUAGCGGCUCCGAGUCCUGGGCGUCGUCGACGAGCGACAGCUCCGCGUCGGCCGGGAAAAGGGGGUCGCGGUGCGAGUCGGACUCGGACUUCUCGACGGCGACGACCUCCGCCUCGGAUAGCAUGGACGCUGCCGCCGCCGCCGCCGGAGAUGAGCACGAGGCGAUGAAGAGGGGGUCGUCGGAGGCGGACGACAAGGACGAGGAGCAGCAGCAGCUCAGCCCGGUGGCCGUCAUGGACUUCCCCUCCGACGACGACGGCGACGCGGACGACGCCGCCGCGUGCUCGCCGUCCUUCAGCCUCGCGCGCCUCCAGAGGAGAAAGAUGCUGCGGCCGCAGCACAAGAUCCGACGGUUCGGGAGCACCCAAGAGCUGGGCCCCGUGGACCUCGAGGCGCGCCUCGCCGCCACGUCGGGCGCCGACGACCUCGCCGGCGAUGUCCCGGCACAGCUGGUUAUCGAAUGCCACACCAAGGACGCGGCGGCGGCGGCGCCACGCCCGAGCAGGAGCCACCGCGGCGCCGGCGUCGUCCGCCACGAGCCGGACGAACACGGCCUCCUCGAGCUGCUGCUCAUGGACGCCGCCGGCGCGGCGGACCACCGCGUCUCGGAGCGGCUUCUGCUCGACUUCUUCGUUGAGACGAAACGACGGCGACAGGCCGGGCGGUGGGGGGACGGUGAGGUCCUGGCGGCGGCGAGGGCCUGGCUGGGCGGCGCGGGGAGCGAGCGGUGGGGCCUGAGCGACGUGCUGCGCGGCGGGGAGGCCGUCCUGGCGGAGAUGGAGCGGGCGCGGCGGUGGAUGCGCGUGGGCGAGGAGGAGCGGGAGGUCGGCGCGGUGGUGGCGGGGGUGCUGGCCGAUCAGCUGGUGGAUGAGGUGGUGUGGGAUUUGCUGCUUGUGUAGGUUUGUAUCAUCAUUGGUUCUGAGCUUGGAUGUAAGUAAGGUUGAAUGAAAUCUCGAGCAUGUUGGAAAUGGCGAACUUGGUUUGGAGCUAGAUUGCAUGGCCAUCUUACGAGUACGGAUGGUGAUGGUCUCCCAAGAUUACCGAAACUCUACUGAACUAUGCAUCCUCCGGAGAAAGAAAGGACUGCUGGGAGCAGCAUCACCGCUAUGUUCAGAAACCGGCAAAAUGAACGCUCACCAGUUCAAAUGUUCAA